AUGGUACUAGAUAUUUUUCAUGCUUUGCUUGUGGUUCAGGCCAAAUCUGAACAAGGCCUCAACCUGGAGCUUUUGGGAACUGCUGCUAAUGAAAAAGAAGAUACUAAUAUAAGUAAACCAGUUGUCUGGCAUAAUAAAAGAGCUUUGUAUGUUAAACAUCUGUGUCUAAAAUGGGAUUGUAGCAGGUGCAGUUUUUCUUGUCAAGGUGCUACUGAAAUAUUUCCAGGGCUUAUUCUCUCUGACAUAAAGCCUGCCAAAAGAAUGAAGUUCAAGACUGUUUGUUACCUCUUAGUUCAGCUGAUGCACUGUCGCAAAAUGUUUAAAGCUGAAAUUCCCUUCUCCAAUGUGAUGACUUGUGAAGAUGAUGACAAGAGGAGGGCAUUAAGGACAGCCUCUGAAAAACUCAGGAAUCGUUCCUCUUUUUCUACAAACGUUGUAUACAACACUCCUGGAACCCGAGUGAACCGAUACAUCAGCCGCUUAAUAGAGGCUCGGCAAACUGAAUCAGAAAUGGCAGAUCUAAACUUUUUUACUCUAAGAUAUAAACAGAUUGAACGUGAGCAAAAGUAUCACCAACUUCAGGAUGAAUAUUUCACCAGUGCUGUAGUCUUGUCACUAAUUCUAGCUGCCUUAUUUGGCCUUGUCUACCUUUUAAUAAUCCCACAGAGUACCGUAGUCCUUGUUCUCUUAGUGUUUUGCAUAUGCUUCCUGGUGGCAUGUAUCAUGUAUCUACAUGUCACUCGAGUACAAUGUUUUCCAGGGUGCCUGACAAUACAAAUUAGAACCAUUUUAUGUAUUUUUAUUGUGAUCCUAAUUUACUCAGUGGCACAAGGCUGUGUGGUUGGUUGUAUGCCUUGGAUCUGGAGCACUAAUUCCAGCAGCUCUAUAGUUAUAAUUUCUCCCAGUGGGACAAAUAAGACAAUGACUGAACUUCCAUGCGAUACAGCUCAUUAUGCAUUUCUCUCCUGCGUUGUGGGGACUCUGACCCUGGCAAUAUUUUUACGUGUAUCUUCUUUGCCAAAAUUGAUCCUCCUACUUUUUGUUAUGAUUCUGUAUAUAGUUAUUUUGGAACUCAGUGGAUACCGAAAGGCAGUAGGGGAUGGCUCCUUUUAUAUACGUGGCUAUGAACCAAUAUUAGCCAUCUUGCUGUUCUCCUGUGCUUUGGCACUUCAUUCAAGACAGGUGGAUCUGAAGUUACGUUUGGACUACCUCUGGGCUGUGCAGGCAGAAGAAGAGAGAGAUGAUAUGGAGAGAGUGAAACUGGAUAACAAAAGAAUUCUUUUCAAUCUGUUGCCAGCACAUGUUGCUCAGCAUUUUCUUAUGUCUAAUCCAAGGAACAUGGACCUGUAUUACCAGUCAUAUUCACAAGUGGGAGUGAUGUUUGCUUCCAUCCCAAAUUUCAAUGAUUUUUACAUUGAACUGGAUGGCAAUAACAUGGGAGUGGAAUGUUUACGCCUGCUAAAUGAAAUUAUAGCCGAUUUUGAUGAGCUUAUGGACAAAGAAUAUUACAAAGACAUUGAAAAAAUCAAGACAAUUGGAAGCACAUAUAUGGCAGCGGUGGGCCUUGUGCCAACUACAGACAGCAAGGCAAAGAAAUCAAUUUAUUUCCAUCUCAGUACACUGGCUGAUUUUGCAAUAGAAAUGUUUGAUGUUCUUGAUGAAAUCAACUAUCAGUCUUACAAUGAUUUUGUUCUUCGGGUUGGUAUUAAUGUAGGCCCUGUGGUGGCAGGUGUUAUUGGUGCCAGAAGACCUCAAUAUGACAUCUGGGGUAAUACAGUAAAUGUUGCUAGCAGGAUGGAUAGCACUGGAGUGCAAGGUAAAAUUCAAGUUACUGAAGAAGUACAGCGGAUAUUGAAGAGGUGCAAUUACGAGUGUGUUUGUCGGGGGAAAGUCAGUGUGAAAGGCAAAGGUGAAAUGCUGACCUAUUUUCUAGAAGGAAAGACCGAUGGAAAUAAUUCACAAACACGAUCUUUAAACUUAGAGAGGAAAAUUUAUUCCUAUGGGAGAGCAAACAUUCAGACCAAACUGGGCACAAGUUGUCCAUCUAUGUGCUCUUCCCCCAGCCUUUCAACAAACACUGGGGCUGGAACGCUUCAGCCACCAUCAGCACACACUAAUCAGACACUCCAUUAUCUUCCUUCUGUGCCAGCCAUAAAAGAGGCAUGAAAGCAAUGAAAAUCUUUGUCCUGCCAUUUGAGUGUACAGCAGAGGUCACCAGAAUUUUUUUUUCAGAGAGGUUAAGGCUGCAGAAUUUGAUAUCAACCAAGAAGUCUACAACCCAACCAAAGAGAACUUGGGAACUGCUAAUAAGAACUUAUGGGAAGGAUCAAAUAAGGGCUAGCAAUUCUGUUAGGAGAAGUCUAAUGCUGAUUCUCUGAAAAUAUGGAAUAUUUUAUCAGUAAUUUUAAUAGAUAAAUGGGAUUACAGAGAAGUCAUGCCGGUGAGACUGAAUAUUUACAUAAACAACAUGCACUCACAUAUGUACGUGUGUGUGAGAGAGAGAGAUUGUUGGCAUUCACUACUGAUUUUCCUGCUGUAAGCUGUCAUGCAGAAGUGUUGACAAUAUCAUAUGGCAGAAGUUUAUAUUGGCAGAGAGAAUGUUUGUAUGAUCAUAUCCAAUGUGCUUGCAUCUAAUGUCUAUAGCUGCUGUUUAAGCACAGGGUGAUGAUAAAUUUGAUUUAUCUGAAGAUUUAAGCAAGCACUGUGGAAUACUUUCCCAUAGUAUUUGGAGGAAAAAAAGAGAAAUUUUCAGCACUUGCUGUAAUGUAGGAAGUAGCAAGUCUUAAAGUAAACAAAUGUAGCUUUUAAAUUUUACUAUGUUUUUGUAUCUUUGAGUGUUUCCCAACUGUGUAGCAAUGAGUCAGAGAUCAGAGUGUAAGUAGACUUAUUGGAGAUGUUGGGUACUAAUCUAAUCUGUCAUAAUUAGGAAUGGCUUCCUAUUCACACACAAAUUUGGCUAUGGCAGGUUUUAUCUCAUACUGUUGCACAGAGUCCCAUAGAAGCAGCAGCUCCCAUAUUGGAGAUGUGAAUAGAAUUCCAAUUAACUAUUCCAGGACAGAGUGCUACUGAAGUGGCAGCUGCGUGCAUGCCAAAAGAAUAUUAAACUGUAGAAAAUUAUGCCUUUUCAGUUGGCCAAAUGGCCAUGUUAAGACAUUUAUUAAAAGCAACUGAAUUAUAGUACAUUUGUCAACUAGACACCUACAUAGUACUGUUCCCUGAACCGUUCAUAGAUUUCUUUGUGAACAAAAGCUUGUUCCUUUCAUGAAAUAGAUCUUUCAGAUCCAAUCCAUAUUGUUUGAUGCAAAUCCUCUGCAGAUGAUUUCUGUGCUAAGAUUGUUCUCAUCUUUCAUACGAAGAUUCUUGUUGACAAAUACAUGAUUUUUUUUUAAUUCAAAGUUUAAACUUCUUAUUUUGAUAGGAUCAAUUAACGUAUUUACAUAGUGAUGGUUUUAGCAUCUCAAAUGAACAUAAUUUUCAUACUAACUUUAUAAAUGUUUUGGAAAUGUCAGGUGGCCAAAAUUAAGUUUUGUUGUAUAAGAAUGUUUUCUUCCUGGCUUUUGAAUUCUAUUUCAAUGCCUUGAGUGCAGCUUCCAAGAAAUGUCUCCAUCGCAAAUUCUGUUAAUAUAAACAGGAAUGACUGUAAAGCACAAACCUUCUUUGAAGCUCACACAAAUUUCAAUUUACUUUCUAUAAAACAUAUUCAAAGUGCUUGUCUUCUUUGUUACUUUUGCUUGAAACUGAUGUAGUAAAGUAUAUAGCAGAAGAAGACACCAUUCUCAUCUGCGAAAUGGCUGGUGAGUGAUUUAUAGACAAAAACCUGAAAAGGGAAAUUUCUUGCAGAUUUCAACUUCGCUUUGUAGUAGAGAAGCUGUGGCUGCAAAGGAUAUGCUAUGUCGUCAUUUUAGCAAACUUAAGUCCAAAUGUAGAUAACCUUUAUAGGCACUCAGACCUUUUUGAUCAUUACGCAUAAAGAAUAUCCAGAUGUUUGUUUAUGAAGUUGUUGCCCGUUAUUUAUAUUCAUUUUAAUCCUGAUCAACAUUAUUCAUAUGAGUACUUCUAAAAUACCAUAGUGAACAAUUUCUUUCCUUCUUCCCAGUGAAGAAAUGUUUACUGUAAAACUUUGGUAUA